UUGACACUUACAAAAGCCACAAAUAAGGAGUUUGUGCAUUAUCUCGAAGUAAUGCUAAGGUUUCCACAUAAAAGCAUAGACUUUGACGACUUGGUUGAUGUGAAGUUUACAGCACAAGAUAAAUAUCUUAACCAGCUUGUCUACAUAUACUUUAGCAUUAUAGAACAAUGCUACAGCCAAAUGAGCUAUGAGCAGAAACUCAAAGUCUUGUUCAGGUAUCUGUUCCUGUUUUCCACCCACAUCAUGCUUGAUCUUUCUAUUUACCGACUUUUUGCUAACGUUCUUGAGCGUGACUUUCUUCAUUUUUUUGUAGACAGGAAGCUUUUUCUAAAUUUCCCAUUUACAAAGGAGUUUAUAUUGGAUUUUGCACACAGAUUGCCUGAAAAAAUAAUCAAAGUUGGAUAUGAAUUACCUGUAUUUAGGAGCCUUGUAUAUUUCUGUUGCUCUUCUGACACGCAACAUUCUCCAACUCCCCUGAACUGGAUCAUUAGACGGUGGAAUAUUCAGACAAAGCAAAGCAUUCCAUCGCUCUUUUACCACCACGAUUGCACACUAUUUCUUGAGCCAAUUGCACACGAGAAGUUUCAAAGCUUGGACAAUCCACUGUUGGAACUCAGGAAAGAUCUGAAGAACUGCUCUAACUGCUGUAUUUGCUUUUCACAGAAGAACUCAGAAGCAAAAAUUCAAAAAUGUUUGCAAAUGAAGCACGAUAUGGCACAGAGCAUCGAUGAGUUUAACAGAUCAAAUGUCAUGUGCAGUCCCUUGAGUAUUGAUGUGGUCAGGCUUCUUCCAUCGAUUGAUAUUAAAUCUCUUGGAGCAUUUUUAUGCAAAGAAAAAAACCUACCAUGCUUGAUAAGAUUUGCCCAAUCCUUUGAUUUCAAGGACACCGGCAUCCUCGAGGCUUUACGAAUAUUUCUGUCUUCAUUUGUCAUGGGUGGUGAAAGCCAAGUGAUCGAUCGUGUCAUUACAGUCUAUGCUAAUGAGUUUGUUAAUCAAAAUAUUGGCAAUAUCAAAGACUUUCCCGAAAGUCUACGCUGGCAAGAUACACAAAAUACCAAGAAAACUGCAAGAGAGUAUCUUACGGAUUUAUUGUCCUUAAUACAAUGA